AUGUUUGCAAAGACGAACAAGACGAAUAUUCUCCGUUAUGGUUUAUUAUUCCCCAUUGUUUUAAUAUUCUUCUCCAUAAAAAAUGAGGUCUUCAUCGUGGGACGCUUUCUGUCCCUCCUUGUCUUUGAGAUUAUCCCAGGGGAGCUGAUAACUCAACCCACUUCCAAGCUAUCCACGGCAUUGUCUCUCUUCGACGAACAGAUAUCUCCAUCAGUAACGUUGGACAAUACUCUUGCCGGCCUUUUCCGCGAACAUGGUGUCUCGGACUCUAUAGUCCUAGACAUAUACAAUGGCUAUACCUACGUCGAUAUCCAUCCACAGAUUCUUCGCGAAACAGUCUAUAUCCAGGAUGAAGAUGUUGGCUUUUCGAGCAACAAUACGGACGAAGGACUCGAACGAUUCCGAACGCUGGUCCUGACUUACAAGACGGUCAAGUUUUUACUGGGACUCGGCCCGAUUGACGUAUACCUAUACCGCCCUGCCAAUCUUCCGGCGAACAUUGACCGAGUUUUGUCGCCUCUCUCCGCGAAUCAACGGCCACAAAUCCAUUAUAUAGAUUUGAACAAGCAUAACGUACAAGAUGAGUUGCGACGAGUUACCCAUGGGAAGAAGUUAUGGUACUAUCGACCAAAGUCAUAUAUGCUUGAGUAUGAUACUUUGGUCCAUCCCGAUUUCGCAUAUGAGAUCAACGACAAACGCUUCCUUUUGCACCCCAACAUUCCAACUCCCGAUCUACAGAUGGCCCCACUGCAGGGCGAGGAUCUGAGCACCUCGGUCCUCUCGACAAGGCCGCUGCCGUUUGUUGUCAAACUGCGUCGUUGCAGCGGGAGUCGGGGAACAUGGAUUGUCACCAGGGAGGACCAGAGGCAGGAGAUGCUCACUGCCAUGGCAGAAUACCAGGACCGUGGGGUUCCUGACGUCCAGAUAUCAGAGUUCAUACACUCCACGCGACCUCAUUAUUCAGUGAACUUCUUCGUGGGUGCGGCUGGCCCGUCCAAUGCAAGUUCAACCGUGACUUUCCUUGGAGCCACAGAACAGCUCUUCACCCAGUCGGGACGCUGGGCGGGCUCAGUGAUUGACUAUCGAUCACAGAAGCAGAUCAAGGAGCAAUUAAUGGAUACCAUCAAUGCUGUCGCUCGCACCCUGAUCGGCUCCUAUGUCGGAUGGGCGGGGAUAGAUGUCAUUAUUGAUGCGCAUAGUAACCGAACGGUGGUUGUUGACCUCAAUGCGCGGUUAACAGGAGGUUUCGUUGUAUGCUUACUUUCAACCCAUUUCAUGAAGGAACGAGGGUUGCCUCUGGCCCAGGCUCAGAGUUUCCACUAUGAGGGGAAAUCGUCCGAUGUUUAUACCCUUCUCGCUCCGUUUAUUAGCAAGGGACAAGUUAUUGUGGCUGCAGCCACGGAGUCCCUGCCCAACAACUCUACCGCGCAGCUAAUAUUCGGCGGAAAGACUCGAGAAGAGCUUUUUAGUAUGCAUGCUGCAAUUCAAGAGAGAUUGAACCGCUGUCUAGAUCGUCACGGUACGAUUGAUUAUUCCACAGGGCGCCCUAGCAUGAGCGUUUAA